UUGGCCUCCUUAUCUUAUUAUUCGCUCGCACCACGACCACCGCCAACAGCAGCAGCAGCAGCAGCAGGCUCGUAUUCGACGUGCGACGAUAUUAUUAAUUUUUCUGGCCGAGAGGAUCGGGAAAAGAUAUUGUGUGCAAUUUGGAGAGGAAAAUCUUUACCUAACCUAACCCUCGGUCGCUCUACAUUAUAUGCACAAGUGCACAACACGAUAUUUAUUAUUCAAUUAUUGAUAUUUAUUAUCGAUCGAUGGUCGGAAAAGUCGCGUGUGUCGCAAUUAAAUAAAAUUACUGUCGUCUGGUCGCGGCUACGAAAUACAGUUUUCAAUGCCACCACUUCAACUACUGGCACAGUUGUACGACGCUUAGGUAUUCGAAUGCUCGAUAAUCGUGUCGCCUAACACUAUCCAGUUGGUCAACAUGAAAAAACUUUUUUCGAAAAUCGACAACUCCAACAAAGAUCCCAACUGCUUUGUUGGUAAACAGUUCACCGUUGGCCGUACUUCUGUAACCGUUGAAGAUGUGAUCGCCGAAGGAGGCUUUGCUGUAGUUUUUCUUGUAAAAAGCAACAAUAAAAAAUAUGCCGUUAAACGCCUGUUUGUCAACGAUGAAGUGGACUUGGGUGUCGCUAAAAAGGAGAUACAAAUAGCCAGUAGCUUAAACGGGCAUAAAAAUAUUGUUGGCUUUAUUGAUUCAAAUAUUACACGCCAUAACAAUGGAGUUCAUGAAGUAUUGAUGUUGAUGCCUUAUUGUCCAUCUAACGUUUUAACUCUAAUGAACAACAGACUGCAGUCUGGCCUAACAGAACCUGAAGUUCUUCAAAUAUUUUGUGAUACUUGUGAAGCAGUUAGCCGUUUACACCAUUCUCAAACGCCUAUAAUACACAGAGAUUUAAAAAUAGAAAACAUUUUAGUUAGUGAAAAUGGUCAAUAUUUACUAUGUGAUUUUGGUUCAGCAACAGCGCGUGAACUUGAUCCAAAUAUACAAGGAGUACAUGCUAUAGAAGAAGAAAUUAACAAGUAUACCACUAUAUCUUAUAGAUCACCUGAAAUGAUUGACUUAUACAACAAUAAAGUAAUAACUACAAAAUCAGAUAUUUGGGCUUUGGGUUGUCUAUUGUAUAAGUUAUGCUAUUUUACAUUACCAUUUGGUGAAAGUCCAUUAAAAAUACAAAGUGGCCAGUUCAGUAUUCCAGAUGCACCAGAAUAUUCUAUUAAAUUAAAUACAUUAAUUAAAUAUAUGUUGGAGGUUGAACCUGAUUUACGUCCAGACAUUUUCCAGGUUUCUUACAUUGCAUUCCAAUUAGCAGGAAAAGAUUGUCCAGUUCAAAAUUUAAAUAAUGUUCCCAAUCCAAAUAUCAAUGAAUUAAUAGUAUCUCUAAAUGAAAAACGAGUUCCUCAAACACCAAAAACGCAUGUCAAACCAAAUUACCAUUCAUCUGCUGUUGUAGAAGGCACUAGUGUGAAUCCGAGGCAAAGACCAAAACCUUUAAGUUCGGGAAUACCUCCACCUUUAGGUUCAUCUCCUACAUUCAAAAGAGCAUUUCAACCAGUUGUUGGAAUUUUGACAAAUUCUCAUUCUCCAGAUACAUCCCACCAAAAUAAAAUACCGCAACAAAUAUCUCCACGUGAAAAGGCUGCCCAGGUGUUAUUUCCAGUCAAAGACUAUGCAGAUCCAUUUGUUGAAACUACAUUCACUCAAUCUACAACAGUGUCACCUUCAUCAUCCCCAUUAAUUUCUAUGCCCAAACAUAAACGAAAUGUUAGUGAAACUUCUACAUUCUCCAAAAUAUUUGUCAAUGAAAAUUCAAAUCAAUUCAUGACAUCUUAUGGAGAUUCUACUAAAAUAUGUUCUGUACCUACAAACGAAUCUACCGGGUUUUCAGUUUCUAAUGUAGAAGUUACUAAUUUGAAUGCAAAUACAUCAUGGAAUCCAUUUGAAGAACCAACACCUUUUAACUAUCAAAUUACUGGUGAAGAAAUGUUCAACUCAUCAUUUAGUCAAAUCCCUUCAAAUGACAAUGAUGAAGUUAAUGGAAAAUCUCAAGAAAGUACUACAAAAACACUGAAAUCCAAUGUAACCGAUGAAGAUCCAUUUGGUUCUGCACCAUUUCCUUACAAAAGUAUAGAUGAAUCUAUAGGAAAUAGCCCAAUUAGAAAAAUGUCACUUAAUGGCACUGACCUUAAAAAAAAUGCUGAAAAAUGGAAAACCUACUUCAUUGAACACAAUUUGAAAUUAGACAGAUUAAUAUUAAAUAAUGAACCUGACAGUGACGAGAUUGGUACUGGUUUAGUAGCAACAACACGUAGUGAUGAUGAAUUGGAAUCAAAUGAAUGUUCAUCAACCCCUUUUGUUAAAAUUCCACUUGAAGAUCGCUCAAAGUAUGAAAAAUUAGCUUGCAAUACUGAUGAAGUUUCUUCAGAUGAUAGUCAAGUGGCGAGCGGUGAAACUAGGAAAAAAUCUUCAAAACGAAGAAAAAUUCCCGAAUUUAAAUCAAAUAGUCGUUUCCGAAAGGACAAAAAAAAUAAAAAACAUCAGAAUGACUAUGACCAAUCCGAUGAUGAUUCUAUUGGAUCAGCAAGUGAUCUCCAAACUCGUAAUGACGAGGAAGACACAAACAAAAACAUUCCUGAAACUAUGACAGUAAAAGACAGUAUGAUUACAUGUGGAUCAUCAGCUUACCAUGCUGAAUGUGAAAGCAUGGCACGAGACGAUAUUCCUCCACCAAAUGCUCAAGGAGCAACCAGACUUCGUGACGCCGUACCUGUUAAAAAUGUUGAUGCUGAAAUACCAUUGAUUUCGGAUAAUGAAGGAGAAGAGUAUGAAAGUUUAGGUAACACUGAUGUGUUUGCAAUGGCACCAUUUCCCAAGGCAAAAAAAAAGUGUUCAGACAGCGACUCAGAUCUAUUCGGUUCUGUACCUUUCAAGUUGAACACAAAUCCAUUUGAACAAGCAGAUUUUGCCGAUAGUGUCUAUUUUGAAAAAGAAGAUUCAACAGAAAUACCUCUCAGAUCUGAACCAAAAGAAGCUAUUUUAGUGGAUUUAAAUCCGCAAGAGCCAAUUUAUAUGAAAAUAAUUCACCAAAAUGUUACACAGGUAGCAACUAAUAAAGUGAUAACUACAUUAGCUACAAAUAGUGGAUUCAGUAAUAUGAGUUUCGAAGAUUACUCUAGUAGUGAUGCUGAGGAGUCACAAGCUCCAGUUUAUUCACCCUUUGAAGUAGUUAGACCUGCUGAAUGUGACAUAAAAAGAUCUUCUUUAAAAAGUCGUAGUAAUCCAUUUACAUAACAAAUAUAAUAGAAAAAACAUCUUAUAGAUCUUACAUAUUUAAGGUCUAUAGUUUAGUUAGGACUAGUUUUUUUGGUUCACAAAGAAUACAAUCAUGUAUUAAAAAACACAAUUAUUUUAGCAUAGCUAUAAAACUGUUACUAAAAGUACAACAUAAUGAAAUCUCUCCUGUUUUAAAAACAUUUCUACUGUGAUUUUAGUUAUGUUUAAGUGUGAUAUUUAUAGCACUUAAGACAAGUAUUAUUAAGUCUAGUGUAUUGGCAAUUGAUGGUCUUAUAUUUAUAUUGUUACAUAUUAUUAUUGUUUUAUUAUUAUUAUUUUUUUUUUUCAAUUGUUUCAAAACUACCUAUUGUUGUUUUAUUUAUCUAGUUUCUUAAUAGUCAUUAUUUUAAAUAUUUAAACCAAUUUUAUUUUAUAGUUAAAUACUACCUAUAAAGUAUCCUAUAUUGUGUGUAUACUAUAAACUGUAGCAGCUGAAACAUGUGUUACAACAAUGAUUUUAUUCAUAAGUAUACUUAAUGAAUACAGUAUUAUAUUAAUGUUUUAGGUAACUUUUUAAUGAAAGAUGAAAAUUGUUAUUUGAUGGUUUUAAUUUGUAUGAAAUCACUAUUAAAAUGGAAUCUAUUUAUUUAACAAAAAAAAAAAAAA